GGGGGCGGUGCGGGGUCAUGGCGGCGGCGGCGGGAGGCGGCGGCGCCUCCGGGAGCGGGAUGGCGCAGAAGACGUGGGAGCUGGCCAACAACAUGCAGGAGGCGCAGAGCAUCGACGAGAUCUACAAGUACGACCGCAAGCAGCAGCAGGAGAUCCUGGCGGCCAAGCCCUGGACCAAAGACCACCAUUACUUCAAGUACUGCAAGAUCUCGGCGCUGGCGCUGCUGAAGAUGGUGAUGCAUGCCAGGUCGGGCGGCAACCUGGAGGUGAUGGGGCUCAUGCUGGGCAAGGUGGACGGGGAAACCAUGAUCAUCAUGGACAGCUUCGCCCUGCCCGUGGAGGGCACGGAGACCCGUGUCAACGCCCAGGCGGCCGCCUAUGAGUACAUGGCCGCCUACAUCGAGAACGCAAAGCAGGUUGGCCGUCUAGAAAAUGCCAUUGGCUGGUAUCACAGUCACCCUGGCUAUGGUUGUUGGCUUUCUGGUAUCGAUGUCAGUACUCAGAUGCUUAAUCAGCAAUUUCAAGAACCCUUUGUAGCAGUGGUUAUCGAUCCAACAAGAACAAUAUCAGCUGGAAAAGUAAAUCUUGGAGCAUUUAGGACAUAUCCUAAGGGCUAUAAACCUCCAGAUGAAGGUCCAUCAGAAUACCAGACUAUUCCACUUAAUAAAAUAGAAGACUUUGGUGUACACUGUAAACAGUAUUAUGCUUUAGAAGUCUCUUACUUCAAAUCAUCUUUGGAUCGUAAACUGCUUGAGCUUUUGUGGAACAAAUACUGGGUGAACACUCUGAGUUCUUCUAGUUUACUUACUAAUGCUGACUACACCACUGGCCAAGUGUUUGAUUUGUCUGAAAAAUUAGAACAGUCAGAAGCUCAGCUUGGACGGGGCAGUUUCAUGCUGGGUUUAGAGACUCAUGAUAAGAAAUCGGAAGACAAACUUGCUAAAGCAACAAGAGAUAGCUGCAAGACCACCAUAGAAGCUAUACAUGGAUUGAUGUCUCAGGUUAUUAAGGAUAAACUUUUUAAUCAAAUUAAUAUAGCUUGAAAUGCAUCACCAGCUGAUACACAUCUCCAAAGCAGAAAAAGUCAUGGUUUCUUUCGUUUGGACUUGUUCAAUUUGGGAAAUGAAGCCGGAGUGGAAAAUUAUUCGUUUAAUUUGUAGUACUUUAAUAUUUCCCACCUGUUUGACCAGUUUUAAAGAACAAAAUGAUCUGAAAUGUAUUGUAAUGUUUUGUUCUUUAUCAUAAAACACAACCAAUAUGGAGAGUUGUUCCAGAAGGAAAAUAAAUAUGAUUUACUGUU